ACCCGAGAGAGGAAAGGAGAGACCACUUUCAGAUCAGAGCAGCACCAGCCAGCACAACUGAAACCAUGGUGUCAAUGAAAGUAACAGUGAUGAUGGCGACACUGGCUGCUCUUUGUGUCCUGGCUACAAACACACAUGCAGCGCUUUAUGGUAGUUGCUGUCGAAGAUACAUCCCUGUAAAGCCUAAGUUUUCAGAUAUCCAGGGCUUCUCGGUGCAGAAAAGGACAGAAUUAUGUAAUAUCAGUGCCAUCAUUUUCCACACAAAGAAAGGCAAAAGAUGUGCUGACCCCGCUUUGGGUUGGGUGCUGGACUACGUCAGCCGAAUAGAAUAUGAGGCACAGAAAGUUCAUCAGAAAGCACAAGUGGGGAAGAAAUAGAGCUUCCACUGGAAUAACCUGUGGAGGAUGCCGAGGCCAGCUACUGCAAACCUGUUUCCAAUUUUUGUUUUGCCUGCUAUCCACAAAUGGUAAAAGCUUUGCUGCUUUGUGAACACCAGCUUAAUACAAAGCUGAUAUUGUAAUGCUGUAAAAGCAAUGCAUAUAGUCGCUCAGUUGUAAGAGCACUGUACAUAUUAUGUAUCAUUAAUUUUGUAUUCAUUUUUACACAAAAUAAAGACUUGCUUUGGAAAGAA